GGCCGGCGGCGGCGCGGGGUCGGGUGCGGGCGGCGGCAGCGCGGCCUCCGCGCCUCCAUAAGGCUUUGCCUUUCCGACUUCAGCUACAGUGUUAGCUAAGUUAGGAAAGGAGACCCCGAGGGCCCCGGUUCUCCCGCUCCCUGCCCCGCGGUCCUCGGUGCUCGGCGGGGCCCGCGCCUUGCACGCCUUGCCUUGCACGCCUUGCACGCCCUGCUCGCCCGGAGCCAGCGGCCGCGGCGCUGCGGGGUCGCCCGGGGUCAUGCCCAAGGCCGGGGAGCAGGCCCGCCAGGGAGGAUGCUGCGGGUCCCUAGCAAACUACCUGACCUCCGCCAAAUUCCUCCUCUACCUUGGCCACUCCCUGUCCACUUGGGGAGAUCGGAUGUGGCACUUUGCCGUGUCCGUGUUCCUGGUAGAGCUGUAUGGAAAUAGCCUCCUCCUGACUGCAGUCUAUGGGCUGGUGGUGGCAGGAUCUGUUCUUGUCCUUGGAGCCAUCAUCGGUGAUUGGGUGGAUAAGAACGCCAGACUUAAAGUGGCUCAGACUUCGCUGGUGGUACAGAAUGUUUCGGUCAUCCUGUGUGGAAUCAUCCUGAUGAUGGUUUUCUUACAUAAAAAUGAGCUUCUGACCAUGUACCAUGGAUGGGUCCUUACUUUCUGUUAUAUCCUGAUCAUCACUAUUGCCGAUGUUGCAAAUUUGGCCAGUACUGCCACUGCCAUCACGAUCCAGAGAGACUGGAUUGUUGUUGUUGCUGGAGGAGACAGGAGCAAAUUAGCAGAUAUGAAUGCUACAAUACGAAGAAUUGACCAGUUAACCAACAUCUUGGCCCCCAUGGCUGUUGGCCAGAUUAUGACAUUUGGCUCUGCAGUCAUUGGCUGUGGUUUCAUUUCGGGGUGGAAUUUGGUGUCCAUGUGUGUGGAGUACUUUCUGCUCUGGAAGGUUUACCAGAAAACACCUGCUCUAGCUGUGAAAGCUGCUCUUAAAGUAGAGGAAGCUGAAUUGAAACAGCUGAAUUUACAUAAAGAAACUGAGCCAAAACCCUUGGAGGGAACUCAUCUAAUGGGUGAGAAAGACCCUAAUGUCCAUGAGCUUGAACAUGAGCAAGAGCCAAGCUGCGCCUCCCAGAUGGCCGAGCCCUUCCGCACCUUCCGAGAUGGCUGGGUCUCCUAUUACAACCAGUCAGUGUUUCUGGCCGGCAUGGGUCUUGCUUUCCUCUAUAUGACUGUCCUGGGCUUUGACUGUAUCACCACAGGGUACGCCUACACUCAGGGGCUGAGUGGGUCCAUCCUCAGUAUUUUGAUGGGAGCAUCAGCCAUAACUGGAAUAAUGGGAACCGUGGCUUUUACUUGGCUCCGGAGAAAAUGCGGCCUGGUUCGGACUGGUCUGAUCUCAGGAUUUGCACAGCUUUCCUGUUUGAUCUUGUGCGUGAUCUCCGUGUUCAUGCCUGGAAGCCCCUUGGACUUGUCUGUUUCUCCUUUUGAAGAUAUCCGUUCUAGGUUCAUUCAAGCAGAGCCACUGUCCACAAUGACACCUACAAAAGUACCUGAAAUCAUCUUUACAACUGAAAUGCACAUGUCCAACGGGUCUGACCCUGCUGGUAUUUUCCCAGAGACGACUCCCAAAUCUGUGCCCAUAAUCUCUGUCAGUCUGCUGUUCGCAGGCGUCAUUGCUGCUAGAAUCGGUCUUUGGUCCUUUGAUUUAACUGUGACACAGUUGCUGCAAGAAAAUGUAAUUGAAUCUGAACGAGGCAUUAUUAAUGGUGUUCAGAACUCCAUGAACUAUCUCCUUGAUCUUCUGCAUUUCAUCAUGGUCAUCCUGGCUCCGAAUCCCGAAGCUUUUGGCUUGCUUGUGUUGAUUUCAGUCUCCUUUGUGGCAAUGGGCCACAUCAUGUAUUUUCGAUUUGCCCAGAAAACUCUGGGCAGCAAGCUUUUUGCCUGUGGUGCCGACGAUGAGGAAGUCACGAACGAAAAUCAAGCGAAUACGUCUGUCGUGUGAGACGAGUUAACUGCUGCUGCCCUUGCUACUAGGUUCUGUAGAGCACACGUGCUUAGCUUGGACUUCAGCAUCCCCCCCAAUGGCUAGGUGUUUCUCUCUGGUUUGACCCCGGUCGUACUGUGAGGGCUAAAAGCUAGUUCAGAGGCUUAGGUCAGAGACAAUGAGCUGGUUAAUUUUCCUUACAUUUAAGGAUGGAAAAAAAUAGGAAAAGAAAAACUCAGUUUAAGCGUAGAGAAUAAAAUGGUAACACUGAUUUUUCCUAUUUCUCGUGAGCAGACCAAACUUUACAGGAAGAGCGGUUAGUCAUGUGAUUGAAGUCGUUCUUUGGCAGAUAUUUGUUAUCUGUGCAAGAGUUCAGAGGUCCCCCCCCCCGACUCAUUUGUAUCCACGUCUAGCUAAUGCACUUUCUUUUAGCAUCUUAGUCACAUUAUAGAAAACACGUUCUGCUUCAAGUGUGAAGAUGGGAGUUUGAUGAGCAGUAUUAUUCUCCGUGAUCCUGCUGAUUGUGGCGGUUCGCGUGCAUGUGGGAGUGCGGCCCACGGCCUCACUGCGCCCCUGGGCCCUUGUUACCCUGCGGGGCCGCUGUGCCGUGCGCCCUAGCCCGUGGGGCCCUAACCCGGGCUCAGGGCCUGGCCAGGUCACGCGCAAGGGCACGCUCCCGGGGCUGGCACCGUGUCGCUCAGGACAGCCGUCCCGCCACCUGACGGAUGGAGCUUUCCACCAGCAGAUGAAAUGUAGAAAGCAGGCUCACGCUUGGGAAGCUUUUGUUUUAAAAUCAUUUGAUUUACUUUAACACAUGCUUGGGCAGAGCGUCUUUACUUUCACUGUUUUGUACCAAGGAGUCAUUUUUACCCAGUUGUAGCCGAGACUGUUCAUAAAUGUGUCCCUUUCGAAUGCCUAUGAGGAGAAUGGAGGGAGAGAAACACGUUUCAUGGAGUUCUAGAAGACUGCUUACAGAACUGCUUUAGGGUCCUCGAGCCCUCGUGACCUGCGGGCCCUGGGCCACCCGCGUGCACUUUCCAGGAGGCCCCCUCCGGCCACCAGGGCUAACCUUUUCCCUGUCGGAUGAUGUACUGAUUCCUGUUGUAAAAUCUUUGUAAACUAUUUCUAUAUAAAAACAUUUUUAAAAUCUUGA